CUGGGCCCAGUCCUACAGUAAGGGUCAAAGUUUGUCCACGCGAAAAGCGAGUUACCAUUUCUACGAAUUUCCUUUGGUUGCUUCUGUUGGAAUCUUUUUAGUUACACAGUGUAAUAAACUGUACAGAAUUUCCCGCUCCGAAAAUGGACGUAGUCGCAGCAGUCGUAAAGUACAAUCAGCAGACUUUAGGAAGAGAUAAACUUUGCAGGUAAGGGUCGAGUUAUUUGACGAUUGUCCUCUUUUUUAAAAACAUUGUUUACGUGGCUUCAAUCUUGUCGCAUGUGCGUGCAUGCUUUAAAACUUACACACAUCAUUUGAACGAUCUUCCUUCUUUAAAAAUAUCUGUUCUGAAUAUGAGAGUCAGGUUGAUUUCAAGUUGAGAUUUUGUUCCUACAAAUUCAUAUCACAAUCUUGGUCGAAAACCUCUCCAUACAUUUUUCGGUCAAUUUUGAUCUACCAAACAACUAAACAAUUGAAGCUAAAUAAGUUAAGUCCUACUGUUAACAUCACGGUCUUCACUUGUUGUUACAUGGUGUAUAAAUCUCUGAUCAGGUAUUUUCUUCACUCGUUACCAAGAAAGUUUAAUUUUGUUACAUUUCUCAAUCGAUCAUAUAAGGUUACAGGGACAGCAUUUUAAAACAUUAGUAACGAUGUGAUGCAAUUAACCAUUGCUCUCUGGUACUUGCCAUUUCAUUUCGUUAACUUGUAGCAUACGCAAAAGCAAAUACUUGCUACGUUUAGUUUCGGGACAUCUCCGUAUCAGACCGUCUUUUCACGGGCUGGAGCGUGUUCUUCAUUUACGUCGUUGCAACUUCCUAGGGGGCGUGUGAUUUGUCAUGCAAUCUCAGACUAACGUCACACGAAUUAUAUGCCUCAAAGUUAAUCAGCAAACUGUAUGCAAAUUAUUUAAAGGAGUUGUUUAUUUAUAAUGUGCCAAUAUUUUUAAUACAAAAGUUUGACUGUAAAUCAUACAUUAAAAUGGUAUGACUUCACUGAGGCCAAUAUCAUAAACUCUUCUACCCCCCAGAUGAUAGAGAAGGGAAUUGUGAGAUAAAUGUAAUUACAAUGCAAGAGGGGGGAUGAAUUUUUAGAGGGGUGGGGAGAGUAAUGAAGCCAAAAAUGCCUUCAUGGGGGAGUAUGGAUAUUUUCAAGAACAACCCAUUAGAGGAAAGGGAUUUUGUUUAUAGAGUGGAUGACGUAAAGUUUAAAAUUUAACAUACUUUAUGGCCAAAGCAUUAUAUUGAUGACACAGUUUACUGUUUUACCAGGAUCAUCCAGUAUUCGUCCAGAUUAUCAAGUUAUCUACUAGCCCAGGCUGGUGCAGGAGCAGAUCUUGUAAACAAAGCUAAGACUCUUGAUAAACAUGCCAGCACCUCAAGAAAACGUAAGUAAAAUUUACUUGUGGUGUUCAAUUACUGUAUUCAUACUCCAAGCCACAUUUGCCCGCAAGAAUCUUCUAUAAUGAAGGAGGUGGCCUCUUUAGGAAGAAAAAGAUGAGUAGUCAGCAAAUAUAUGGAAUUGUUUACUUUGGAAUCCAAAAAUAAAUGUAACCGGGGUUAUCAAUCACCUUUAAAUCAAGUCAAGUCUUGCUCUUGCAACAUCAAAUCUUUCUCAGGUAUUUACCAGGCUUAAAAUUCACCGUCACAUUUCUGUCAAAUUAAAUUUUAGUUGGAAGUAACUAACAUUGGGGAGUCAGACUGAUUUGCUGGGCUUUUAAACAUCUAACACUUUUUCUGGAUGAUUAUAAAUUUUUAAAGAUUAGGCAAAAGAGGUUGAAAGAGGGUUAUUAGAAAAGGGCUUACCGGGUAUCUUUCUUUUACUGAUCUGUACAGUGCACUAAUUUUGUGCAUGUAUUUAUGACGUUAAUUGAGUAAUAUCUAUUCAAAUGAGGCAUAUAAACACUACACUACUUAAUAAUAAUUAUCGCUGAUUCAAUGAAGGUAAUUGCUUUGGGCAGUGGGAAUUACCUACUGGCUGGGCCGAAGCUAUUGUUUGGUGGUCACUCAAGCAAAUCAUUGCAAUAAGUUCUGUAUGCCCAUGCCCAGUGCUCGAUUUCCAAUGACCAUGCAAUUGCCAAUUACUUAAUAGCAACCUGUAUUGAAAUAUAUGUGUGAUAUAUCGUGUUCAGUAUAAGGGAUUUUUUAUUUUCCUUUUCUCACAUCUGAUAUACUUACAAAUUUAGUUUUUAGGUUGGGAAAGAGCUUGGACAUGAUAAUGGGAGCCAUGCGAGCAAGAGACAUCCAUCACGACACCGUCCUGAAAGUGCUCAUCAUAUGCCGCCGCAUCACAUACACUAUCUAUUAUAUCAUUGAUCAUGUGACUUGGGCAGCAAGAUUAGGACUUUACAAGUCUAAUCCUAAGGAAUGGUCCAAGUUUCAGGCCAAAUUCUGGGCAUUAGCUCUUGCCUUUGGUCUUCUGCGAAACCUUUAUGACAUCCUGAACCUAGUCUUUGUUCCAGUAAAGAAGCAUGAUGGCGAGGAAAGCUAUAGUCAAGGAAGUUCUGUCACUGCACGGCUUAUGUCACGCCCACAAGUGUUGCUAGAUACCUUAAAGAAUCUUGCUGAUUUCCUGUUGCCGUACAAUGUUAUGGGGGUGAUUGAGCUGAAUGUUGGCCUGGCUGGUUUGCUUGGAUUGACCUCCUCAAUAGCAGGAGCUAUUCCAGUCUGGAGUCCAAACAUGAAAUUGAAACCUUCCUAGAUAUAAAUUUUUGAAAGAAUUCGUUAGGACAGUAUAAUAUGCUAAGCACAUAUAUUUUGGAGCUUGGACAAUCUUGCAUGUAUGGUGUAACCUUCAAUUCCCCUGGUUUUUUUUAAAAACUACUUUUAGAAAUUUGUUAUUAAUAUAAUUUAAUUUAUUGGUCAGCAUCAGGCAUAAUUGUUCAUCUGACAGCUAGAUGUUAAUUUAACCUCCAAAUAUUAUAAAUUAUCUUUUUUAUAGAAAUGGUUAGAAAUAAUUUUUAGCGGUACUGUUUAGCGUAAUCAUAAGUUAGGAUUUCUUACGGCUAAUCAAAAUGAUUUGAUGAAACUUGAAGAAGGUUAUUUUGUGCAUGUGCCAGUUUUAAUCCUUUUACAGUCCUGUCUUGAAUUUUUUUGGCAAGAAAGUACUAGCCUGCAUUGCAGACAUAAAUAUUGAACCUCAAUUUGUAAUGUCUGCGAAGCUGCACCAAUAUCCUUGUUCUGGGCUUUCAAGGGACUCAAUGAUUUACCGGAAGAAUGUUUUGAAAUUCUUUUCAUCUUGAUUGGCAAAUCAACAACUUGGCAUUUUAAACAGGCCAAUCAUGGCCAGUACUCAAUCUGGGUACACUGCUGGGGACCCAGAGCAAGGAUUUUGGCUCUGUUUGUGUAGACAGACUUAACCAGGGUUUAGUUUCAUCUGUGGUACAGGCUAGAAAGUACAGGCCCAAACCUGAAAGCAGUGGCAAUGGGAAUGCAUGCUAUACACAACAUUUUGUGCCGUGCUCAAUUUGUAUGUGCUUACAUUUCUCACUUUCAAGUCCAUGGACUACCAGAACAAUAAUCAGUUCAUUAAGAGGAGUUAAGAAGAGUUUAUGGUUGCCAUGCAGUUUUAGCUAUUUUUGAGAUUUUUUUAUUUUCUGGAAUUUUUUUUUGCAUAGUAAAUUCAGUUUUCAGUUUUUAUUUUAAAAAAGAGGUGAUUAUUUAUUACUGUGUUUUUGGUUUUAAUGAGAUGGACCAUUGCAGUAAGGUAAAAUUUCUGCAAAGUUUAAAUCAUUGACAUAUCCCUCGUUGGCACUUCCAAACCCCUGGGGAGGGGGUACCUAACAAAGUGUUAUUUGGGGGAGGGGAGGGAAAGGCAGCUCUGCCUCGCGAUAAGCCUUUCAUUAAAAAAAGAACCCCUUUCACAUACCUGUACUUAAGAAGAAUGAAUUGCUAAACAAGUCUUCUUAUCAGUGUUAUGUAGCAUUUAAUCAUGAAAUUAAAAUAGUUCAGCCAUAUUAAGGUGC